GAGCCGAUAACUUCAGCCUGCCAUGUCAUACAGAGGAGAACAUAACGUUAUAUGACUCGUGAGAGCUUGAAAGCAGAAAAGAAGAACUGUUAAAAAAUGUAAACCUGCUAGCAAAAAUCAGUUAGCAGCACUAGCUAGCUUUAGCUAAAGUUAACAGAUGUUAACCAACAGUAAAUGAGCGUUAGCUGGCUAAAUAUCACUUCGCUCUGGCAGACAUUGCCAUGGAUGAGAAUGGUUGUUUUAGUGUUCGAGUUAUACGUUUCCCUGCGUUUUGAAUUAUCCGUAAGCGUAGUCGGUACCAGGAAGCUACCAGAUAGCUGUGUAAAUAGUGAGUCUGCUGCUGUCAGCACGGAUGUGAGUUAGUUACUCUGGACGAAUGUAUGGCUGAACAAUCUGAUGACAUCACCUCGGUAAAGGGUCACACCUUCACUGGCCAUACCUUUCAUCUUUAUUCAGAAAUGAGUCUGGACUGGAUCUACAUGGACUACAAUGCCACUACUCCGCUGGAACCAGAAGUGAUCCAGGCCAUUUCGGAAGCCCUCCAGGAUGCCUGGGGAAACCCGAGUAGCAAUUAUAUAGCAGGCGCUAAAGCCAAGGCAAUUAUUAAUGAGUCCAGAGAGAAUGUGGCAAGAAUGGUUGGAGGUAAAGCAGAAGACAUCAUUUUCACGUCAGGUGGAACAGAGGCCAAUAACCUGGUGAUCCAUACUGCUGUAGAGCACUUCAGGAGAAACUGCAGGGCUUCAGAGCAAGGUGAAGGGCACCAGAAUGGAAGCAAUGGCCUUCCUCACAUAAUCACGUCUAACGUGGAACAUGACUCGGUCAAACUGGCAGCUGAGCGCCUACAGAGAGAUGGCAAGGCCGAUGUGACGUACGUCCCUGUGUCUAAGGGGACAGCACGUGUGGAUGUGGAGGAUGUCAUUGCUGCGGUGCGUCCCAACACGUGUCUCAUCUCUAUUAUGCUGGCCAACAAUGAGACAGGAGUCAUCAUGCCAGUCCAAGAGAUCUGCCAGAGGAUAAAAUUGCUCAACAAGCAGCAUGAGCGGCUCAGGAUCCUACUCCACACUGAUGCUGCUCAGGCUCUGGGGAAAGUCCGAGUAGAUGCCUGUGAACUGGGAGUGGAUUACCUUACCAUAGUGGGACACAAGUUCUAUGCCCCUCGGAUUGGUGCUUUGUACGUGAAAGGCCCUGGAACGAGAACGCCAUUGUAUCCGAUGCUCUUUGGAGGAGGACAGGAAAGAAACUUCAGACCGGGCACAGAAAACACUCCAAUGAUUGCAGGUCUGGGAAAGGCUGCAGAACUGGUGACGUCUAAUCUGUCAGAUUAUGAGAGUCACAUGAGAAGUACCAAACUUUACUUGGAGGAACAACUGAAGGCCGUCUUUAAAGACAGGAUCCACUUCAACAGCCAUUACCCCGGCUCUGAUAUCCUCCCUAACACAUGUAACGUGUCCAUCCUGGGCCCAACAUUACAAGGCUGGAGGGUAUUGUCCCACUGUACGAGGCUGUUGGCCAGUGUCGGUGCCGCCUGCCACUCAAACAGUGGAGACAGGCCUUCCCAUAUCCUUCUGAGCUGUGGCGUCCCCUCAGAGGUGGCGGCUAAUGCCCUGAGGUUGAGCGUGGGCAGGAGAACGACCAAAGCAGAUGUGGAUGCAGUUGUGGAGGACUUGAGGGAAACUGUGCAACUGCUGGAAGAAAUGGACUGAUGGCCUUCAAGUGCAUAAACAGCAUAAACUCCUGUAGGUCAAAAAGGGAUGCACAGAAUUAAAAAUACAUCAUCUGUGUUUAUUGUUACAUCAACUGAUCGUGUGAAAUGGAUGAAAUAUUUAAUAUAAAUAAUAAAAGGGAAGAACUUGAAGUGACCUGAGGGGUGGUGUUACGGAGAGAUGACUGUACUCAGCUUCCAUCACAUCAUGUGAGUAGCUAAUCAGCUAAUUAGAGUCAGAGCGCUGUGUAUGAGUGUUUCUGAAAUAAAAUAUUUACAUGCACCAUUAA